AGAUACUCAUAUCCUUCCGGAUCUUUAGGCCGCUUAACUCCGUCUUCAUUCUGUUACUUGGUACCUCCGUAACUUGGUAUAGGGAGUUGACAUCCCCUUGUUGUUCCCUUUCCUAUUCAUCAACUUAACUCUCUAAUUCUCCGGCUUUCGACUCCAGUGUCAAUCAGCAUGAAGUUAGUCAUUGGCGGUGCUACAGGUUUCUGCGGCCGAGAAGUCCUCCGACAGGCUCUCCGCUGCCCCCAAAUCACAUCUGUUGUGACCAUUGGCCGUCGACCAGUCGUUGUGAAAGAUCAAGAUACAACGAAACUGACUGAUAUUGUGAUGGAAGAUGGAACACAGUACUCUGAUUCCACUCUCGAGACGAUCGCUGAUGCGACCGCGUGCAUUUGGACAACUGGAGUCACCCUCUCUAAAUCCAAAACCAUGCCUUUCGACGAGGUCAAGAAAGUCACACGUGACUACACUAUUACCGCCAUCGACGCCUUGUGCAAGACCAACAAGACGGGCAAGCCGCUGAUGUUCAUCUACUACAGCGGGAUGGCAGUGACGCGGGACUUGAACCAUGACUGGGAACCCAUGAGGGCAAUCAUUGAUCCUAAAGUAGCUAAGAUGCGCUGUAUGCUCGAAGUUGAGUUAGUCGAGUAUGCAGAGAAGAGUAGCGGGAGCGUGGAGGGAGAUUCCAGGGUAUCAAGGCCGGAUUACCAAGGGCGUGCGAUACCUGAGAUUGAACGGACUGAUCUCACCGCGGCAGUGUUGAAGCAAGGGUUGGAAGGCAUCGAGAAGGAUCCAUUGACGAAUGAGGAGCUUGUUCAGAUUGGGAAGGAAGCUUUGCCAAAAUAUGGCUAG